AUGUUAAAAUCUUUCACGUUAGUUGGCAAAUCAGUACGGUCACUUUCCGGGGCCAAGAUUCUGUUGGCUAGAAGAAGUGGUAAUGGUACAAGUGCCAAAUCGGGAGCUGAAGCUGAACCAAUUGAAGCAGUCGACGUACAGUCUUAUUUAAAAGAGGCUGAGCAGAAGUUCAAGGCAAGUUUAGAGGUAUGCAAAAAGAAACUAGGGGAUAAGAAGUUGGGAGUGGCAAAUGGUAAUAUCUUCAAUCAUUUAACCGUUGGUACGGAGAAAAUGAAAUUUACAGACUUGGCAGCCACAUCUCUAAAGGGAAGGAACUCAUUAACAGUUACUGUUUUUGAUCCUAAAUACACUAAGAAGGUUAUCAGUGCUAUUCUCGCAUCAGGGCUCAACUUAAAUCCCGAGAGGAUUGCGAAUAAUGAGCAGCAGUUAAAAAUCCCUCUGCCACCAGUGACUACUGAGGUGCGUCAACAGUUGUGUAAGGAUUUGAAAAAGGUUUUUGAAGAGUAUAAGGGCUCUUCUAAUGUCCAUUCUUUAAGCCAUAUACGAGGUGAGGUACUAAGAGACUUGAAGGCAUUGCAGAAGAAGAAUGAUUCAGUCAAAAAGGUGAUUCAAGAUGUGGAGAAGCUGCAUAAGACAUAUGUGCUUAAGUUACAGGAACAGCUGAAACAAGCUGAGAAAAAAAUCAUGAACUGA